AUGGCCAGGGACAGAGCCAAACCCUGUGAGCUGGACCAGGAGAAAUACGAUGCUGAUGACAAUGUGAAAAUCAUCUGCCUGGGAGACAGUGCUGUGGGCAAGUCCAAACUCAUGGAGAGGUUCCUCAUGGAUGGAUUUCAGCCCCAGCAGCUGUCCACAUACGCCCUGACCCUGUACAAGCACACGGCCAUGGUAGAUGGCAAGACCGUCCUUGUGGACUUUUGGGACACAGCAGGCCAAGAGCGGUUCCAGAGCAUGCACGCCUCCUACUACCACAAGGCCCACGCCUGCAUCAUGGUAUUUGACGUGCAGAGGAAAAUCACGUACAAGAACCUCAGCACCUGGUAUACAGAGCUUCGGGAGUUCAGGCCAGAGAUUCCGUGCAUUGUGGUGGCCAAUAAAAUCGAUGCAGACAUGAAGAUGACCCAAAAAAGUUUCAACUUUGCCAGGAAGUUCUCCUUGCCUCUGUACUUUGUCUCAGCUGCUGAUGGUACCAACGUUGUGAAGCUCUUCAAUGAUGCAAUUCGAUUAGCUGUAUCUUACAAACAGAACUCCCGGGACUUCAUGGACGAGGUUUUGCAGGAGCUUGAGAACAUCGACUUGAAGCAGGAGGAGGAGGAGGAGAUGCCGGACAAAGAGCAGCCUGGCCGCAUCCAGAGCCCGUCUCCCUCCUGA